CCCUAUUUAAUAAGAAGCAUAGCCCACUGCUUUCUUCCAUGCAUUUGUCCCUUAUAAUUCUACUACCCAAGCAUAUCUCUUCUCUACCUUUCUUGCUCUUGUUUUUUACUUCGUUUCUUUCCUCCUCUCAUCCCAUUUUCCCCUUAAACUUUUCUUCUCUGACAAAACCACAUCCCAUAUAUUUAUAAUAUCCUUAAACUUUCACUUUGUUGAUUACUUUCCUGAGCCAAAUAUCAAUACAAUGUCAAGCAGAAGAUCACGUUCCAGGCAAUCAGGUGCUUCAAGGAUCACUGAUGAUCAGAUCAUCGAUCUUGUUUCCAAGUUGCAACAGCUUAUCCCUGAGCUUCGUGGAAGACGCCCCGACAAGGUAUCAGCUUCUAAGGUCUUACAGGAAACCUGCAACUAUAUCAGAAGCUUACACAGAGAAGUUGACGGCUUAAGCGAUCGGUUAUCUCAGCUAUUAGCUUCCACAGACACCGAUAGCGACCAAGCAGCCAUUAUCAGGAGUUUACUUAUGUAAUGAUCAGAUUUUUGGUUUUUUUUUCCUAGAUUAAGUAUUACUCACUUUUUCCAGGUCUAGGGUUUGUUUAUCAUCGCUUGUAUUGUAGUAAUGCAGAACAAGGGUGGAAUAGUGGCUACAGUGAACCAUGUUUCGUAAUCCUUGUCAUCAAGAGACUUGUAUACUGUUCGAGUUUAUCCUCGUAUAUUUAUAAAAUAAAAAUAAAUUAUGAGUUGAUUUACA